AUGCCCGAUAAGAGUUACCUGGAUCAGAAAGCUGGUCCACCUGAAGAAAGCACAGGAAAACAAAAAUGGAAGUUGUCUGCCUGGUACAGCUGGCUAAACCAUCUCACCAGUGCCAAUGCAAGAGAUUUGCAGCUUAAACUUGGCACGAGGCUCUGUGGGAAAGGGGUGAAGCAGAAGGAACAAGAGAAGGCGAGGAAGUUCAGGCAGGGUAACCAAGGAGACACCCAGGUGCAUGGCAGCGAGUUAUCCGGUGCUUUUCUGGCCGAGUCUCGCAAGCCUACUUGGAUUAUCACUUGCUUUUGUCUUCAACUACUCCUACUUAAUCCUCUUGUCAAAGCCCAGAGUUCCUGCGGGAAUCCAGUGACAGAUGAUGUGAAUGACAUUGCAAAAUUGGUUGGAAAUCUCCCAAAUGAUUAUAUGAUAACCCUUAAAUAUGUCCCGAAGAUGGAUAGUCUGCCUAAUCACUGUUGGUUGCAUUUGAUGGUGCCUGAAUUUUCAAAGAGUCUACAUACUCUUCUGCAGAAAUUUUCAGAUAUUUCAGAUAUGUCUGAUGUCUUAAGCAACUAUUCAAUCAUCAAUAAUCUCACAAGGAUAAUUAAUGAUCUUAUGGCAUGCCUAGCUUUUGAUAAAAAUAAGGAUUUUGUAAAAGAUAAUGGUCACCUUUAUGAAGAAGGUCACUUCAUUCCUGAGGAUUUUUUUAGGCACUUUAAUAGUACCAUUGAGGUAUACAAGGAGUUUGCAGACACAUUGGAUAAGAAUGACUGCAUUCUACCUUCAACAGUAGAAACACCAGAGAAUGAUUCCAGAGUCGCUGUCACAAAAACAUUUUUGUUUCCUCCUGUUGCUGCCAGCUCCCUUAGGAAUGACAGCAUUGGCAGUAACACUAGCAGUAACAAAGAGGCACUUGGCUUCAUUAGCAGCUCCAGCCUGCAAGGGGUCAGCAUAGCACUGACGUCACUGCUGUCUCUUCUUAUUGGCUUUAUUUUGGGAGCCGUAUACUGGAAGAAAACACAUCCCAAAUCCAGACCAGAAAGUGAUGAAACUACACAGUGUCAUGACUGUCAAGAGGAAAAUGAGAUAAGUAUGUUGCAGCAAAAAGAAAAGGAACAUCUACAAGUGUAG